AUGGCGAACCGAGUCACUUACAGACGGCGCAACCCGUACAACACCACCUCCAACAAGACCCGCAUCGUCAAGACGCCCGGUGGUGAACUGCGAACUCUGCACAUCAAGAAGCGUGGAACUGCUCCCAAGGUACGUGAGGAGAUUGCCCGUGCUGGGAUCGCAAAGCUCCGGAACACUUGGCCCUUGUGCGGUGACUGCGGCGUCAAGCUCAGCGGUAUUCCUGCCCUCCGACCCCGCGAAUACGCUCAGAUCUCGAAGCCGAAGAAGACCGUCCAGCGUGCGUACGGUGGUUCAAGAUGCGGUAACUGCGUUCGGGACCGUGUCGUUCGCGCAUUCUUGAUUGAGGAGCAGAAGAUCGUCAAGAAGGUACUGAAGGAGCAGGAGCAGGGCGGCAAGAAGAAAUAA